CUUGACCAACACGUGUUCAUGACCCGUCUGAAAGAAAGGUUCAGGACCGCUGCCCUAGAGGAAUUUCGCGUUCUCAGUGUAGCAUUAUUUUGGUUACUUCGUAGAAAUUUCUAUGCUAAUUAACUAUCCAGGUAUCCAGGAAACUCAUCAAAUUAGCGUCUCGAAAAUAGCGAUAAUUUUAGAAGUUUCACUAUGUCCCGAUGUCCGGUCGCCCAAAAAUUCCGCCUCGUUGCAUAUGUACGAUGAUUUAUUCAUCAAUGUUUCCAAGGAGAGAAUACUAAUAUUAGAAAAUGCGUAAUUGACCAAGUAUUAGUAUCACUUCGUACCAUUACCCUGUCAGAUAUCGACGUUCCUUCACAAUCAUGAUUUCCGCGCAAUACAUCGCGCUCCUGGCAAUAGCGUGCGUAUCCAAGACAACUGUAUUUGAUAGUUGAUACUUUUUCAAUGCUAACAUUGUGCCUACCGGUAGCCAGUCGAUUGCUGAAACAAUUUUUCGUGAAGGUCAAAAUGCUAACCAAGAAAGAAAAGCUGCUGAUACGUCCUUGGCAGAUGCAGAGAUACUACAAUCAUAGGGUCAAGGUGGAAACCGCUGUCCCCGCCAUCGAUUUUCAUCCACCCCCGGAGCGGGCCCAUAUCACACAAAAACUUAAGAAGCUCCAGAAGGAGCGGGAGCGAACGGAGAAAAUCGAGCGUGAUAACAUUCGUUUGCUUCAGCGACUGGGAGCAAUCAUGAGCAAGAAACGACUGGAUAACAUAUGGACUCAUGCGAGGCCUAAUUUCUUGAGCCGUGAAUACAUUUACGGCGGACGCCCCAACACAACUGGAGGAGCAACCGACCACAGUCGCCGUUUGCCCUCCGUUAGGACUCUGGAGGACAUUGGAACGGAAUCAGAAACGCCGGAAUCUUCCUCCGGUCGAUCAGCAGUUCGAUGUAGUGCUUGUAGUAAUCGAUUAUACAAACCAAAUAAGGUAGCUCCAGAAGGAAGAAUGCCAUGGGCGCCCCAAAGAAAGACCACCAACAGGAAACUUUUGAACGAGGCCGAAUCGGAAAUGCAUGUUUGUUGUCGUUUCUGCUGCUGCAAAUAAAGCUGCACCAUAUUGCUCACAAAUAUCGAAUGAUUCAUAGAAACACAACUGCAACUAAAGUAAAAUAUUACAAAUAACUUAAGCCGUAAUUAAAACAGAGUGAUUGUCUGCGUUUGUUCUUUUUGUCAUAUAAAUGAAAACUCAUCUCAAUA